GGGUCUCCAGUGCGGCAGUAGACAUCACCAGAGGUCAGCACAGCCCGAGGAGAAGCUACACCACAAGUCAGCCAGCUUCACCAGCGUCCGGCCAAUGGAAAGACCACAUCUCCGAACUCAAGAGGCUUCUCCCAAACUCUGCCUUCAACUUUUCCAAUGAGCCAGAAGGCAGCUGCAGCUCCUGUCUUCUUCAGGCGGAUGGGUGAGCUCUUCCUGACGGGCUAUGUAAGGAGGAGAUAUGAUGAAGAAGACCACUAACUGCAACCAGCACGGCCACCAUGUCCCCAAGACCGGCGUGCACGGGGCCCCGGGUAUCAGGGGCUGGCUCCCCGUGCUGUCUCCGCGCUGCACGCUGCGCGACUACGGCUUCUGCAUGGCCAGUCUGCUGCUCUUCUGCCUGGGCUCCCUGCUCUACCAGCUGAACGGAGGACCCCCCCAGAUUCUGCUGGACCUGCGCCUCUACCUGGGUAACUCUACUUUCUUGGAUGACCAUGGUCCCCCAACUCCAAAGGUACUGCCUUUUCCUAGUCAAGUUGUUUAUAACAGAGUUGGAAAAUGUGGGAGCAGGACUGUUGUUUUACUACUUCGUAUCCUAUCUGAGAAACAUGGAUUCAAUUUGGUGACUUCUGACAUUCAUAAUAAAACCCGGCUGACCAAAAGCGAACAGAUGGAAUUGAUAAAAAAUAUCAGCACAGCUGAGCAACCGUAUUUAUUUACCCGACAUGUUCACUUCCUUAACUUCUCCAGAUUUGGCACAGAACAGCCAGUGUAUAUCAACAUAAUUAGAGACCCGAUCAAUAGAUUUCUCUCUAAUUACUUUUUUCGUCGAUUUGGAGACUGGAGAGGAGAGCAGAAUCACAUGAUCCGUACCCCGGGAAUGAAAGAAGAGGAAAGGUACUUGGAUAUCAAUGAAUGUAUUCUGGAAAAUUAUGCAGAGUGUUCCAAUCCAAGAUUAUUUUACAUUAUACCAUAUUUUUGUGGACAGCAUCCCAAAUGCAGGGAUCCUGGUGAAUGGGCCUUGGAACGUGCAAAGCAGAAUGUCAAGGAAAACUUUCUUCUUGUUGGUAUUCUGGAGGAGCUUGAAGAUGUGCUGCUUUUGUUAGAAAGAUUUUUACCUCACUAUUUCAAGGAUGUCAUGAGCAUUUAUAAAAAUCCAGAACACAGAAAACUUGGAAAUUUGACAGUGACAGUGAAGAAAACAUUACCAACUCCCAAUGCCCUACAAGUUUUGUACCAACGAAUGAAAUAUGAAUAUGAGUUUUAUCACUAUGUUAAAGAACAAUUCCAUUUGCUGAAGAGAAAAUUUGGGCUUAAAUCACAUGUUAAAACCAUACCCAGUCAAAAAAUCUCUGUACCAGUACCCAUUCCUGUGGAAACGGAAGAACCCAUAGAAGAUGAGGAGGAGCAAAACGAUGAGAAGUGGUUAGAGGACAUUUACAAAAGAUAAAAAGUUGUAGCCUCACAACUAUGAGAGAACAUCCAUUUCUUAAGCUUUUUUUAUUGUUAAAAAAAAAUUCUUAAGGAACAUGGUUAAUGCUUAACUGCAUUAACACUUUCCCACAUGUUGGGUAUUAGGGAAAUACUUGUGCCCGAUUUUGCGGGUUGUGUUUACUUUCAUUUUUAUGUUCAGAGUAAUUAAUAGGAGUGUUAAGAAAUAAGAAAUACAGCACAAGGACUUGAGCUUUUUGCCAGUAUUUGCAGGAAAGUUUUACUAGUGUUAUCAUCCUUUGCAGAAUGAUGAAUGUGUAGACGACAU